CGCAUAAAGAGAAUGGCCGCCAGUAAUCACCACCAUAAUCAUGAUACAAAACGCAUGAAUGAGAGUGAGUCAAUGCAGAGGUCAAUUUUCGCCCACACCGGGCGAACUAGUCGUCACACACACGCAGGCAGACAGGCAGGCAGGCAGGCAGAGGGAGGGAGGGAGGGAGGGAGAAGGCCCCCAUGCACACACACAUACAGAGCAUAGAACAACACAACACAACACCUCUCACACAUUCGCUGCCAUUCGCCCAUCCAUCCAUCCAUCCAUGAUGAUCCAUCCAUAUUUCCUGUCUGUCUGUCUGUCUGUCACGUUUCUGACAUUACAAGAGUCCAUCCACGUGCUGUCGAUGGUUGCAAUGCCACGCGAGGACAGAUACAUACACACCUCUGUCUGUCUGUCUGUCUGUCUAACUGUGAAUGGCAGCAGGUGAGUGCCGUCAUGGUCAGCGACGCAGGCUGCCCAUCCAUCCCUUCUGUCUCUGCCCGCUCAUGUGCCGCUUGUGUCACGCUCGUGUGCCUUCGCAACUCAGUAGUGCGACCAGCCAGCCAGCCACAUCUCUUAUCGGUAUCACUGACCUGUCCGAGCUCAAAGGCCUCGAGCACUCACGCAGUGACGACACACGGUUGCGCGACAGCGAUUCUACCAACACACACACACACAAAUCCCCCGCGCGCGAAUUACAAUUAGCCAGCCAUCCAUCCACCCAUGGAUGCGUUGGGAAGCCAAGUGAGUGAAUGAGUGUAGUGGUCACACGUUACUAACCGACUGGCACGCACGGAAAGCCACGCCGCCCUUCGUCACCACCCCUACCAACACACAACAGCAACACAGAUCACCCCCCUCCCUCCCUCCCUCCCCCCUGUCCCUUAUCGUGGAUAAAAAAGGCGCAUGGCAUGGAUGGCAUGGAUGGCAGGAAGUAUCGCGAUGGAGGUUGGUGCGGUGCGAUGGUGCAAAUGCUGUAUGUAGGCACAUACAUACACAAACAUGCAUAGAUGCAUCCACCCCAUGUACCUAUCUCUGAGCAAUGGGUGACGUCAAGCGAGCGCCUUUUGGCGGCUCCGUCCGUCCAUUCCAUCUACGCUUUCCUGGCCCAUCCGACUUCCUGCAUACAUCCUGUGCAGCUGAGUGAGGCCCGUUUGCCGCGACUGGCUGACCGUGUCCGUGUAUCUGUGUGUGUGUGUGUGUAUAUUGUGAGUGUGUGAAAAUCAUUGGUUCAAAAAUCACAAGCCCUACAGUAUCGUCCCUAGCGCCGUCCCCCACUCACCCCCCCAGUGUCCGUCGUCUGUCUCAAAUAGUUUGUGUGGAAAGCAAGUGUGCCGUGUGCAGUGCAAAGGGAAAAAAGACCCAUGGCAAUGGUAUGUUGUGUGUGUCUGUGUAUGUCUGUGCUUCAGUCUGUCUGCCGGUAGGUAUAAAGAAAUACACACGAAACAAAAAAGACCACACACACACGGCGCGGAGACGGGCAGAGCAGGCGGGCAUGGCAUAUACAUACAUGUGUAUAGAGUAUGGAGUAUAGAGAAUUGCCGGUCGGCCGCCUCGUACCCACCUUCCUACCAACAGUCUACGAUGGUACGCAAGCAAUCGUACGCAAGCGAUAGUAAUCAGACAGUAAUCAGACAGUCGGCCGAUUCGAUAAGGGGAGAAAACCUGAGGGUCAGCUUGUCGUCACCAUGGUCAGUCAGUCUUUCUCAGGCACGCAGAUAGGUAAAACAGAUACUGCAAUCACGUGUCUCGGUCGGUCGUCGAUUCGGGGGUGUGUCGCUACGCGUUUGCGAGGGCUGAAGAGGAGGACACGGAGCAUAUGGGCUGCAUUGAAGGCAUGCUGCCCACACGCUCCAACUCCUCAUCGUCACCCUCCACAGACACGCAGCGGCCGCCCACACCCGCCAGCCAGCACUAAUUCAGGCAGAUUGAUUGCUGUGUGUCCAUGCAGCCCAAAAUCAACACAGGUACCGCUUCCUCUCUCCUUGUCUGUCACACACACAUAGAUCACAUCACUAGAGGCAACGCCGCACGCACAUUCAGACAGUCGAAUACGAUACGAUACGAGAAGACUUUAUCCAUCUACGCCACCCCACGUCCGUCCAGACGUCAUGCAUACCACACCAUCCAUCCCCUCCGCUCGCCUUCGUACCUACGACAAACUUACACACCACCACAUCACAGACAUACAUCCGUGGAUCAAGCGGCCAGCGAUACAACGAACACCUGCAGGAAGGCAGGCCGGCCGGCCGCCUCAACCGCCCCUGCAGAACCGGUUCCUGGCUGUCCUGUCGCCCUCAUCCCCCUCCACCUGCAAAUAUCGCUCCAGCCCCUGCCGCAAAUACUCGCUCCUGCCAGUCAUGUCAGCUCGAUCCCUCGCUGUCUCGGGGGCCUCCUCCGGGGCACGCUGGAGGGCGUAAUACGUGUUGCACGAGUACGUGUGUGGGGGCCGGUGGGUGUGUGCGGGCCUGGGGGUCGGUGUGGUCUCCUGCGUGAUGGUGUGGGUGUGGGUGUUGGUGUGGGUGUUGGCUCGCUGCUGCUGUCUGUUGAAUCGUCUGAAUGAGAGUGGGCUGACGGUGGCAGCGAAGAGGGCGGGAAUGGGCGAGGUGGGCGGGUUGGGCGUGGUGCGGGAGCGCAUGAGGAUGGAGGACAUCGACCAUCGUCGAGUGCUGCCGCCGGGGGAGUCAGUGGCUGACGCGCACCUGACAGACAGACAAACAACAUAGGAUGUCUGUCUUCUGGGCCGCUGGUGUGGUGUGGUGUGGUGUGAAGUGUGUACCUCUUGCGCAUGCCCCAUCUGAGUUUGAGCUUGGGCCCCUUCUUCCUCUUGCCGCCCUUGGCGGUGUUGACCACCACGUCCCCAUCACACACCUUGCCCAGCGCCUGUGUGUCCACCGCCUUGUCCUUCAUCGCUGCCGGAACCUUCUUGGCCGGCGUGGGCGGAUCCUCCUGGUCAGAGUGAUGCAACUGAAUAAGACAGACCAACACACGAUGAGAGAGAGAGAGAGAGAGAACAUGUCAACACACAUGUGGAUGGAGGGGGCGGAGGGAUGGGUGUGUCUUCUCUCUCAACUCACCUCGUCCACAGGCGGCUCUUCGGGCACUGGGGGCGGUGAGGGCGACACCUCUCUCGGCGGAAUGGCCAUCGGCACGGGGUUGGGAUGGCAAACAAAGGGGGACCCGUCGGCAGACGCGGGCGGCAGCGCCACGGGCACCGGGCUCACACCCGGCACCACCACCUCAUAUGCCGUGACUGCCCGCCCGUCGUCUGUCUCCUUGUCCGUGUCGCACACACCACAUGCGAACAGCGACCUUGGCUGGGAGCCCUUCUGGCUCUCGUCGUCCCCCGCCGCGCUUGGCUCGUCCGGCCAUCUCUGGGAGAAGGGCAGGGGCGUCAUGGACUGGACAGAGGAGGAGCCCGACACGGCCGACAUGCACGACGGCAGCGUCACGAGCCCCCCGCCGUCCUGCCCGUCGCUCUCGAAGCACUCGCUGCCGCUGUGCAGGGGCGUCCCGAACGACACGCACGACGAGUCGCUGCCCGCCCCACCGCCGAUGGCCAUCCACUUGUCGUCGCUCAUCACGCCCAUCGGGGACUUCUUCAGCACUGUGGGGUCGCCCCCGUCGGCACGGUAGGCCACUGGUGGGAGGUAGGGUGCGAUGGGGAGGGUCUGCUCGGGUGUGAGGGCCGUCAUGACACAGGGGUCGGAGAACGCGCCGGUGGGGAUGGGUGGGGGCGAAGGGGGCGGGGUCUGUGCUGCUGGGGGAGGGGAAAGGGGCCGGGGGAUGGGGACUGUCGACGACGAGGCGAAGCCGUUGACACAGUUGUUGAGCGGCGAGUCUGUGGACUGGACGAAGGCGUCGAUCUGCUCGAGGAAUCCCGCGGCGGCGUGCCUGCCGCUCCUGCUGUCGGGUGACCAGCUCCUCUCGAUCAGGUCGUCGAUGCAAUCGAUGUUCUCGACAUCAAAGCUCAGGCCGUCGUCGCUCGUCUGGUUCUCGUCGUCCUGGUUGGUCCCGCAGCUCCCCGCGCCCUCACCCGCACUCGUCGAAGGCGACACCGACCUGUCGGCCCGCUCGCUGUCGUGCUGGUGGUAGUGGGGCUUGUCGGCCUCCCCCUUGUGUGUGGGUGUGGGCGGCUUGCUGCCGCUGUUGAACCACCCCGUCCAGCCCAUCUGCAUGGCGGGGCCGAGGGAGAAAGAGGAGAUGUUCUGGUUCUCGCUCUCGGUGUCGGCCUGCGUGUCGGUGUCGGGCUUGUCGUCGGCCAGGAGGGCGGGCUUGUCGUCACCCUCAGCGUCUUCCCCGUCAGGGUGCUUGUUGAGCGGUGUGGGUGGGAGGUGGAAGCACUCGGGCGGGAUCUGGAUGUCUUCAAACGCAUAGUCCGGCAGCGGGAAGAACUGAGCUCAGGGCACCCAUCCCAUACACAGCACAGACAGCCGUGGAGUGGACACACACACUUGACGGACACGUGUGUACCUGCAGCAUGGGCAGCACGAAGUAGUCGAUGUUUUGGAGGAGGUUGCUGUUGUGGGUCAUGUCCUUGGGCGUCACGAGCAGCUUCUUAGUGCCCGACGGGAUGGCCGUGUAAAGACCCACCGCGUGUCGGUAGGGGAUCAGCGUGUCCGACUGCCCGUGGAUCAGCAACAGCGGCGCGCGGACCUGACACACACACACGCACACACACACGCACACGGGGGUGGACACGUGUCUGUGAGUGUUGUUCUGUGGGUGUGACCUGGCUGGCUGACCUUCUGAAUGUGUUUGUAGUUUGGGAAUCGUUCCUUGAUGAAGUUGGCGACGAAUCCCACGUUGGACCGCACCACCUCCUUGAUCGACAGGAAGGGCGACACCAGAAUCACACCCGCCGCAUCGCCGAACAGAGAUCCCAGGUACACCGCUGGGCCAGUACCUGAGAAGUGAGACAAAAGAGAGAGAGAGGGGGAGGGAGGAAGGCGUGUACUGUGGCUGUCGUCGUGCCUACCGAUUGAUCUGCCCAUGAUGAAGAUGGAGUCCUCAGGCCACUCAAUCACGUCACGCAGGUACUCAAACACAAUCCGGCUGUGAGAGAAAAGCGACACACACACACACACACCCCAAGACACAAGACACCAACGGAGAGAGGGAUGCACACAUGUUUUGGGUGUGGUGUGGGUCUUCCCUCCCUCCCUGCCCUGCCCUGCCCUCCUACCCUACCUGUGCGCAUAAACGGUGUUCUCGUCAGGCACUCCGUCGGCAAUACCGUACCCGGGAUACUCCAUCGCACACACCUGACGAGAUACACGCGUCAUGUUCACACACACAGACAGCUAUCCGCACCGCCAUGUCGUUCGUUCGUCCACCGUGUGUGUCAACCGUUCCUGCUUAGCUGCUUACGUGGACUUGGAACUGUUCCUUGAGGAGGUUGCAGAAGUGGUAGCACCGGCCGACGUCCUCGGCGUUGCCGUGGAAGAACAAAAUCACAAAACGCGCACUAGGGUACCGCAGGAACAGACACGGAAUGCGAUCACCGGUGGCACCCUCGCCAGACGACCCCUCCGAGGUGGCAUCCCCACCACCACCACCGCCACCAGCCCCACCGCCAUGAUCAGAUGUGUUGGCCCGGUGGCUGACGACCGUGUCGCGUGUGUCGUGUGGCUUGGGUAUGAAGAUGAGCUGGUUGGGGAAGGAGCGGCUGGUGUAGGAGGGGGGCGGCUUGGGGAACACCAGGGUGUCGACAUUGAAGGGCAGACGCAGCGGCAGAGAGGCCAUGGCCGGCGAUGUCAGUCAAGGUCAAGGAAUGACGGAGAGAGGGCGAGGUCGGACGGACGGACGGACGAGCGGCCGGUCCGGCAGCGUGUGUGAGGCCGCCUGUUGACAGCUGAGAGGCCACUGCCGCUAUGCAGUGGCCCUCAUCAGCGGCAACACAGCCACAACCUAACGGCGGUGCGCAGAAGUGGCCUGCGUGGUUGUCUUGUCGUCCCAAUCGCGUCGAAAGGUGGCUGCGGGGCUGUGUGCGGCGGCACCGCUGCCGAUACAGAGAGGACGAAUGGCUGACUGCGACGAGGGAGGAAGGGGCAAGCAGUCAAAAGCAGCGCCGCUGAAUCAAUCACGGUUCAGUGGCAGCUACCAGAAGCUGCUGUCCUUCUCCAAGCGGCUCGAAGCAGGGGAGG